AUGGCGGAGAUCGGCGGUGGCGCGACCACCUACACAGGCAGGGACGUGGAGCGCCAGCUCGCGGCGCGGGGCCUCGCCACCGAGUACGACCCCACCGGCGGCAAGCUGGUGGGUGUGCACCCCGCCAGCAGCAGCGGCAGCGGCAGCGGCGCCAGGGUGGAGCCGGUCAAGGUCAAGAUCACGGACCUGGCAGCCUUCCUGAUGCAGCCGGGGCCGCGGGAGGGGCCGGUGCAGUGCCUGAUCACGCGGGAGAAGGACACCAUCGUGGGCAUGAAGAACCACAAGUACCAGCUGUUCCUGGAGGACGGCCGCCGCUUCCUGCUCGCGGGGCGCCGCCGCAAGGGCACCGCGCCGUCGCGCUAUGACAUCACCACCUCCCAAUCCGCCGGCGCCGGGGCGCGCUACGCGCCCGGCUUUGUCGCCAAGCUGAAGGCCAACUUUGUGGGCACCGAGUUCCAGCUAGUGGACGCGGGCGCCAAGCCGGGCAGCGCCGCAGCAGGCCCCAGCGGCGGCAGCAGCGGCAGCAGCGGCGCCGGGGUUGGCGGCAAGGAGGGCGCGCUGGCGCCGCAGCGAGAGCUGGCAGCGAUCGCGUACGAGCCCAACAUUCUGGGGACAAAGGGGCCGCGCAAGAUGGUGGCGGCGCUGCCGCUGGCGCAGGAGCACUCCAGGGGCCGGAUUGCUAGCCAGCAGAGCGCCAGCGCUGGCGGCGAGGCUUCCCUCCUCGACCACCUCAAGUCCGAGGCGGCCGCGUCCAAGGACCAGCACCCCCACCAGCGCCCGCCGCCACCGGCCGCGAUGCUGCGGAACAAGGCCCCCCGCUGGAACGAUGCGAUGCACGCGUUCUGCCUCAACUUUGGCGGCCGCGUGUCUGUCGCCAGCGUCAAGAACUUCCAGCUGGUGCUGGACGGGGACCCGGACACGGUGGUGCUGCAAUUUGGCAAGGCGGGGGACGAGACGUUCACGUGCGACUUCCGGUGGCCGCUGACGCCGCUGCAGGCCUUCGCCAUCUGCCUCUCCAGCUUCGACAGCAAGCUGGCCUGCGAGUAG